AUGCCUUAUAAUCGAGAGGUCAGCACGCGGCUGCUUACGGACUCUGGCUGCGCUAAUGAGUCUCCAGGAGAGGAUGCUGGCAACAAAGAGGACUGGAAUAGAGGUACAAAGAGAGUCCCGCGGCAGAGAGGGGAGCGUCUCGCCGGGUCCUUAGCGUGCUUGGGGGGGCCAGGAGACCCACGCCGAGCCCAAGGCGACAACAUUGCGGAAACUGUGUUAUGCUCAAGUGGCGGAGGAGAGCCGGUGUUAGCGUCCCGAGCGUCCACCCCCGACAAGGCCUCAGACUCUUGGAAAACGCUCUGGGUCCUGCCGCCACUAGGUCACAGGCUGCUGUACAAACUCCGGCCACCGCCACCCUGCUUACUGCUGCUGCCACCUACUGACUAUUUAUUGGGUGACGACCAUCUCCAGUCUCUGCUGUGCUUCACCAGGUGUCCCACACGGCCAGCAGCAGCGCGAGCAGUCUGUGUGUUCCGUGCAGACUCUCCUAUUGUAUGUCUAACAUAUUCCCCUACAUUGUUGUGUGUUCAGUUUCGUCACCAUGUGGAGAAAGUAAAGCCAGUUGAUCGGGAUGAUGGAAGCAAUGGCUGGGCUGUUACUGUGCAAGACCUUGAGACCAACACCACCACCACCUCUUUCUGUGAUAGCAUCCUUGUGUGCAAUGGCCACUACUCUGUGCCAAUGAUGCCGCCAAUCAAAGACAUCGACAAGUUCCGAGGCCAGCAGAUGCACAGUCAUGACUAUCGAGAGCCGGAGCCUUUCAGAGGGUUGAGGGUGGCAGUGCUUGGUGCCUCAGCAUCGGGUCUUGAUAUUUCCCUUGAGGUGGCAAGUGUGGCAAAAGAGGUCUUACUUUCCCACAACCAUCCAGUUCAAAUUCCAUCAGAGCUUCCACCUAAUAUUCGUCAGGUGCGUGGCAUUGUGGCAGCCUAUGAAGAUGGCUUUGUUUUUGGUGACGGGUCUCAGGCGGAUGCUGAUGUAUUGCUAUGCUGCACAGGUUACGAGUUCACAUUCCCAUUUCUUUCGGAGGAGUGUGGAGUGACUGUGGAGAACAAUAUUGUGAAGCCGCUGUACAAACACUUGAUUCACACGGCAUUUCCCACCAUGGCUUUUGUUGGGAUUCCAUUUCAGAUUGUUCCCUUCCCUCUAUUCGAUGUUCAGGUGAAGUUCUUCCUGGCAGUGCUGACAGGGGAUGUUACCCCACUGACACAUGAGGAAAUGGACGCUGAUACAGUACAUGCACUGCAGCGCCUGAGGUGUAGUGGUGGCCAGGAUCGGCACUAUCACCGAAUGGGUGUGGAAGGUUCAGUCCGCUACAUGGAGGAAUUAUCAACCUCAGCUCAUCUCUCCCCUGUGCCAUCAUACAUGCUCUGGUUCUACAAGUUAGUCUUUAUGAGGAUGUUGUUCUCAUUGUUGACUAUAAAGCAACAUCGGUACGUGGUGGAGGCCGGUGGACGAGUGAGGGAGUGGCACAAUGGACGAGAGGUCAACACAGUGUGGAAUCUGAGGAGGCUCGUUGUGGUGCAGUUGAUGCGCCUCAUGUGGCGAGACUUUGGGGUGUUUUCUUUUGCUACCAAGACACUAAGGAAGUACCUUGGAUUAUGAUGCAUGAGCCAUCAUUAGUGAUUGAUGAAAAAGAUGGAAAUAUUAAUCAUACUUUACAAAUAAACACUGGAUAAAUAGCUUUGAUAUACUGUACAGUUAAAUAAAUGUCAUCAUUUGUCAAUAUGUUUGAGAAAUGGUAUAAUUGAAAAAUGGUCAAAAUGGCAUGCAUUGUAUAGCACCAAUAAAGAUGCGAAAUGUCUGGAGGAUCUUACAAGUAUAAUGUAUUGUGUAGACAUCAAGGUGACAUUCUUUAAACAAAUUAUGCUAAGUGACAGAUCUAGCAAAUCAUGGAUAUUGUAUAUUUUGUCCUAAUAGAUUCUUCCUCUCUCUCCCCUCCCUCCCAUCAUUUGCUGUCUGGACUACUUGGACCUUGGUGUUAAAGAUAAGCCAGACAAUCAUGUUGUCAUCCUGAGGGAAUUCUGUACCAUAUCAGGAUUAAUUAGCAACUGUGAUAAAGAAACCGUUGUAAAGAAAAGCAAGAAAAUAAUUAAUAAAUAGAAUGAACAAC